AGCAUGUGGAAGGUUGGACAGAACAGAAUUCGGUAUUGUUAUAGUCGUAAAUCAAUUCCAUUCUUUCAAAUUUUAGUCAAUUGUUUGGUGAAGAUGACCCAGACCAAGAUGUGUCACCAGAUACAGAAGAUCCUGAGGCCAAAGGCGAAGAUGACGACCACACUGUAACUGAAGCAGGCAAUAUCAAAAGAACCUCUACACAUCAGUGGGCACAAGAAAUAGACUAUGAUCCUCCACAAUUGUUUGAUAAGUUCUUCAAGACUGAUAUCGAGUAUUUGUUGAAAAUGGAAAACCUCUGGAAGACACGUAAGGCACCAGCUCCAUUGUCGUGGAAUGAAGCUACAUUUCAUGCAGGUGAUGCCAUGAAUGAUGAUGAAAAUGACAUAAAGGCAUUUGAAAUGAAAGUUUGGCCGAUCAGCAAAUGUGCAAAAGUUUUCUCAGAAACAGUGUCGGUACUGAAGAAGGAAUUACAGGGUAAAAAUUUCCUUGUCUGGGAUAAGGAUGAUAAGUCAGGAAUGGACUUUGUAACAGCUUGUGCCAAUAUCAGAGCAAGUAUCUUCUCUAUUCCAAAUAAGUCAAGAUUUGAAAUCAAAUCAAUCGCUGGAAAUAUAAUCCCAGCAAUCGCCACAGCCAAUGCAAUGAUUGCUGGCCUGGUAGUACUGUACGCCUUUCGAGUACUUGCUGGCGAGUACGACCGGUGCCCGUCCAUCUACCUCAGAGCUAAAUCUAUCCACUCCAAAUUCAUCCUGGCAGCGGACAAACAGAUCACAAAGGCCAACCCAGUGUGCUACGUGUGCAGUCCAAAGCCGUUCGUGAACAUCUUCGUGAACACUGAGCAGAUGAGUGUCAAAGAACUCGAAAAUGAGGUGCUGAAGAAGCAUUUGAACAUGGUGGCACCAGAUGCUGUCCUGGAUGGAAAGGGGAUUGUGGUUAUUUCAUCGGAAGAAGGGGAAACCGAGGCAAACGAUAAUAAGAAACUGAAAGAAAUUGGCAUCGUAGAUGGAAGUAUUUUGAAAUGCGAUGAUUUCUUACAAAAUUACGAACUGACGGUUCACGUGAAUCAUUACGAAGCUAAGGAGAAAGAAGAUCCUCUAUUCAAAGUGGUGGCAAACCCAGAAGAUCUCAAAGCUAAAGAAAUGACAAAUGGAAAUGGGACAGCUACUGAGGAAAAGAAGCAAGAGCAAGAGAGUAAUGAAGAUGAUGUGAUGAUCGUUGACCGUCAUCAAGAUGGUGAUAUAGAAGAUGAUCCCCAGGAGGGAUCUUCUAGUAAGAAAAGGAAAAUCAACCCUAAAGAUGAAGAUGACGAUCUUUGCAUUAUCGAUGAUUAAAAUAGCCAGUUUUUUGUAUCUAUAUUUGAAGGUUAUAUUAAGAUAGCAUUACUUUUUUACUGUAUUUUCAAAGUAUUUCGUUAUUAUAUAAAUGUGAAGAUUCCUACAUUUCUGGAAAUAAAAUAAGUAUGUCAACA